AUGGCGCUACUGAACCUAUGGGAGGCGGGACAGGGGGUGGGGCUAGGUGGGAAGCCCUCCAGCCUCCUCUUCAAAAAAGAGGAUCUGGUCUUCAUCUCUGUGAACUGCUUGAGCACAGAUUUCUCUUCUCAGAAGGGUGUGAAGGGCUUGCCGCUCAACAUUCAAAUCGACACGUACAGCUAUAACAACCGCAGCAACAAGCCGGUUCACCGGGCCUACUGCCAGAUAAAGGUCUUCUGCGACAAGGGAGCCGAACGGAAAAUUCGGGAUGAAGAACGGAAGCAGAGCAAGAGAAAAGUGUCUGACGUUAAAGUGCAGCUGCUUCCCUCACACAAGCGAACAGACAUCACAGUGUUCAAGCCCUUCCUGGAUCUCGACACUCAGCCUGUGCUCUUCAUUCCUGACGUGCAUUUUACCAACCUGCAGCGGGGCAGUCAUGUUCUUUCCCUCCCGGCUGAAGAACUGGAAGGUGAAGGGUCUGUCUUGAAAAGGGGGCCAUUUGGAACCGAAGAUGAUUUUGGAGUCCCUCCUCCUGCUAAGCUGACUCGGACAGAAGAACCCAAGAGAGUGCUGCUCUAUGUGCGAAAGGAAUCAGAAGAAGUCUUCGACGCCCUGAUGCUCAAGACCCCAUCUUUGAAGGGCCUGAUGGAGGCAAUCUCAGACAAGUAUGAUGUCCCCCAUGACAAGAUUGGGAAAAUAUUUAAGAAGUGCAAAAAGGGGAUCCUCGUGAACAUGGACGACAAUAUUGUGAAGCACUACUCCAAUGAAGACACCUUCCAGCUGCAGAUAGAAGAAGCUGGCGGCUCAUACAAGCUCACCCUGACAGAGAUUUAAAGAGGCGGGGGUGGGGGGAGGGGAGGCACUCAGCUCCCAGGCAUGGGAAUUCAGUGGAAGUGUUCCAGCUGAGAAGCCCAGACAUCUACCCUGCAGAACCUUAAAUAUCGGGGAAGGAACCUUUCACGUAGGAAAUGGCGCUGUGUAUACCAUGCUGUGUUGAUGUUUUCUUUGGGAUAGAAAUCCAUGUGUUGGUGGCGUUGUUGUUGUUUGAAUUUCUGAUGUGCUUAGAAAACGAAGCAUGAGAACUUUGUACCGGAUCUAAGAGACCGUGGGACCCUUUGAGUUACCUGCUCCACUACCUGUCAAAGUCUGCCCGUGUCCAUGAGAGUGGCGGGCUACUGGCUGGCGAGAGAGGGGAAGGCAGUAGCUUGUCUUUGAGGAUUCUGUGUUCUCGCCCGACCUCAGUCUAACUCUGACUGCCUUGAGGAGUGGGCCCAGCCCUCAGCAAUAAAGGGCUAAGCCUUCUCCCUCCACCUCUCCUCCAGUGUUUACUAAAUAGGGUGCAUUACUUCCCUUGCAACUUCCUUGGACAUGUGGACUGCCUUUCUGAUGAAGAACUUACAUGAGUGAUAGUGUGAAGUUAGUUCAGUUAAAGCUGCAUUGUAUAUAAGUGCAAUAUCUUUUUGAAGGUCUGCCUGUAAAUGUGUAUAUAUAUGUCUGAUAUAAAUAUAUAAUAUAUAAUUAUGGUGUCUGUGUACAGCUAGUGAAGGAGAGCAGGGAGAUCUACCUUGAAACCCCUCUUAGAGAAGAGGUUAAGUUAUUAUUGAUAAUGUGGACCAAGCAGGUAGAACGCUGUUUUCUCAAACACAAGCAAGUGUUCCCUAGCAUAGCAAAAAGCCAUCUCGUGUGGCAGAGCCAUCUGCUCUUGCGAAUGUUGUCACUGUGUGGGUUUCUGCACCCUGAGUGGAGCUAAUGGAGGACUGGACUGCAGCUACUAUAUGAGGUGUGUGUGCAGGUGUCAGCCAGCUGUGCCUAUGCAGAGACAGCUGCUGUCAUGAGCCAGCGAUGCAAACCAAAAUGGGCCGAUUCUACAAGGCCGUGUUUCAGAGCUUCCAAGCAUCAGCUGCCGUGUGUUUUAACUGGAAGGCAUUCAUGAAUUUACAUAACUGUGGCAGGGGAAUGUUUUGUACACACUUAAAUAUUUAAAAACAAACUUUACAGUGUAAUUUUAUAAUGAAUCCUGUAACAGAAAUACAAUUGCGGGUUUCUUUAGGUUCAGGGAACUAGAAUAGGUCAUUUGUAUGAGUAGGAUUGUUAGCUGUAUACGUAGCUUAAAAAGUACUCUAAUGAAGUAUGUGAACAAAAUAGCUGGUUUUCUAAGACACGGGAUACGGGUCAUAUAACAAUAUUUUCUAUUUUGUUUUAUGAAAUCAGUUUUACUUGUUUUAAUUGUAUCAUUGAACAUGUGUUUUAAACCAAAGGGAUUGAAUUUUAUAUGUCUAUUUCACAAGAUGUUGGCUCCUGUCAUUCAGUGUAACUCCUUUGCUCAUCCUUUGCCUUUGCCUUGACUAACCCGGAACUUGCUAUGUAGACCAGACGGCUUCAAACUCCCCGCGUGAAGGGAUUGAAGCCAUGCCCUCCACUCCCAGCAUUGUUUGUAAAGCUCAGACUGACUUUGAAUUCAUAAACCGCCUGCCUCAGUCCCUCCAGCACUGGAAUUACAUGCAUGCACCACCACAUGUAGAAUGUGCUUUUAGUGAACAUGAUGCAACUAAUGCAGUCAGCUGGCCUGGAAGAGCUCCUGUGACUUCUGAGCAUUUUCCCCCGACUACAUCCUUAGGUCCACAGAGCAGCCUGUGCCCACAGCCUGGGCUCCUGGUGGCUCAGUGGCUUAGGUCCAGCAUGGAGAGCCCUUCCUCCCAGCCCCCAGGGCAGGUACUGGCUCAACCCCUCACUCUGACUUAUGCCCUGGAACCUGGCAUUGCCCAAGAGGCAGCCUCCCUCCCCAGCACCAGUUACCUGUUAGGCAUUCAAGA